UGCAUUUUUAAAGUGUAAUAUUUUUCUAAUGAAUUGACCUCAAUGUAGAUACACGUUUUAGAGGUUCUUAUUAAUAAUAAAAAGUGUUCAGCAAAAAUGAGGAAGUUUUUAUUUGCGGCUGCCAUAUGUGCGAUUUGCUUAAUUCCCGUAUCAGCUAAACAGGAUUUGGAUUCUGUCGAGAAUAAAACAGAAGUAUUCAGUACAACGACAGAAAAAAAUGAAGAACCUAAACGUAUUUUAGAACUCCCUUAUUUACCAACAGAAGCUAUAACGCCAACACCAACAAAUACCUGUGAACCCAUUCCAAAGCCAAGAAUUUCUGACAUAAAAGACAAACAAGAAAAUGAAGAUGAUGACGAACAAAGUAACGAAAUCCAUUCAAGAGAACGCCGACCGUCUCUUGUCGAAAGAUUAAUCCAUCAUAAAGAUUUUAAGGACGAUAGGAAUAACGACCACGAAGGGAAAGAUCCUGUUCCGUGCACUUGUGGAGUUUUCUUAAGCGGACAGUUCAAGAAAGGGUCAAAAAAGCAACCAAAGGGGUUGCCGGUCUUGACACAGGAAAUGGACACCCCUUUCAUGAAUAAUGCAGUAGGCAACAGACAGUGCACGAACAAGUGCUUAGAAUUGAUCAUCAAGCAUCUACCAAAGAGUAGCGAAAUAAUAUGCGCUACGGUUGACAGAGAACACGUUUUCAAGGAGAGAGCUUACUUAUUCAUAAAAAACCAUACUGACAAAUGGCACGGAACAAAUUUGUCAGCCGGUAGAGAAUUUUGCUGUGAAAAUAAUAUCCCAUACAAAUGUCCUUUAAGUUAAAAUAUCUUGUAAACUUUCUGAAAUGUUAUAGA